CAAAAGGCGUAAUUAUAAUGAGCUACAAAUUUGACAACAAGCUCAAAAAAAUUCCCAUAUAUGUUCCUCUUACUUCAAAGGUGCAACAUCUAUAUAAAGCAAGAAGAUGGCCAAAUUAAACAUCUAACAAUAUAUAUACUUAUUUCCUUUAUUUAAAGUUAGAAUUACAAUAUGAAACUUCUCUCAUUUAUAUUUUUCACUAUUUUGUGCCUCACAACAUUUUCGAAUUGUUAUGAUGAAAGAGGCCAACAUCCUCUUCAGAUGCUGCUAAGGUCGAAAAUCUUGUCACAACAUCAAUAUCUUCCAGAUGUGGAUUUAUCAAUCGAGCAAUCCGAGGUGUAUGUAGCAUGCCAAAAGGGCAAGAAAGAAGCUGACAAAAUCGAAGAGUUGCCGGGACAGCCAUCUGUCAACUUUAGCCAGUAUUCGGGUUAUGUUACUGUUGACCCAAAAGCUGAAAGAGCCUUGUUUUAUUAUUUUACAGAGUCGGAGGACCCGGAAAAUACACCUUUAGUGUUGUGGCUAAAUGGAGGCCCCGGUUGCUCUUCACUUGGAGCGGGAGCAAUGUCAGAACUUGGACCAUUUCGGGUCAACCGGGAUCGAAAUACACUACAGUGUAACGAAUAUGCGUGGAACAAAGUUGCAAAUGUUUUGUUCUUGGAGUCACCUGCUGGCGUUGGGUUUUCAUACUCAAACAGAACGUCAGAUUAUGUUACGGGCGAUGCAAAGACAGCGAAAGAUACUUAUGUCUUCUUAGUUAACUGGCUCGAAAGGUUUUCCGACUAUAAAAAUCGAGCAUUAUACUUAGCGGGAGAAAGUUAUGCUGGUCAUUAUGUACCUCAGCUGGCUAGUUUAAUAUUGGAUCAUAACAAGAUCAAGAAGCCUACCAUCCUUCACUUGAAAGGGAUUAUCAUUGGGAAUGCUGAUAUUGACGAAUCAGAUUGGCAUACGGGCACUUAUGAUUAUUUGAGGACUCAUGCACUUAUACCUUAUGAAACUCACAAGGGCAUCAUACAAAAUUGCAAUUUUUUUUUCAACACCAAAUUUUCAAGUGCCUGCAUAAGUUACAUCAGGAUGGUCGAUGAACAAAUUGGCAACAUCAACUUAUAUAAUAUUUAUGCGCAUUUAUGCAACCUCUCUUCAAGUGCUCCAUUGCAAAUGUCAAAUUCUGAUCCAUGCUUAAUCAAGUAUGUAUCCACCUAUUUAAAUAAACUUGAAGUGCAAAAGAGUCUUCAUGUGAAUUUGAUUGAGGGAAAGCCCAGGCCAUGGAGUGAGUGCAGCAAAACAGUAAAUAGUAAUUGGACUGGUACAGCUAUCACAAUAUUACCUAUCAUUAAGAAGCUGAUUGCUAAGGACGUCAGAGUUUGGAUCUACAGUGGAGAUGUAGAUUCUGCGGUUUCUGUGACAUCAACAAAGUUAUCAUUGAACAAAAUUAAUGCUUCUAUUCAAGUUCCAUGGUAUCCUUGGCACACUUAUGGUGAUGAUGAGGUUGCAGGUUACGCGGUUGGAUAUAAAAAACACUUGACUUUUGCCACUGUAAGAGCUUCUGGGCAUUUGGUGCCGCGUGACCAGCCCAAAAAUGCGCUUACUUUGUUUGCCUCCUUUUUGGAGGGAAAAUUGCCACCGGAAAAAAAACAAGAAAUAGUUUAGUUUUAUACGUUUUGUUAUGUGCGUGAAAUAAGGUUAGAACCACAAAAUAAAUGUAUAAGUAAUCUAUAUAUAUAUAUAAUUACUAGCUAUGGCAUUUAAGAAAACCUCAUAAAUAAAACCUCUAAAUUUUCCCUCCAUUUUCG